UAUGUCAUUAUGUCGGCGUUUUCUCUUGACUAUCGGGAAUUAGGAAUUUUUGAUUUCCUGAAUAAAUUUCAUUUUUAAUAUUGUAUUUUAUGUUGUUCUUUAUUAUGAAAUUGUAUUAAAAUCAAUUAAAAAUAUUAAGUAAUGGCUGAUAGAGAUCUUUCCAUGGGACCCCGGGAAGGAGUGAGUUAUCCUAUACGGGUUCAAUAUUGUGGAAAUUGUUCUAUGCCUAUAGAAUAUUGCGAAUAUUAUCCGGAAUACGAUAAAUGCAAACAAUGGCUUGAAAAGAAUCUACCGACGGAAUUUGAAAAAGUCAAAAUAGAUGAAGAAGAAAACACAGGUGGUGAAGAAGAAAAGAAGAGACAAAAACGUGGUGGUAAGGGAAUGCUGAAGUCAAAGAAAAAAGAAGAUGUUCCUAAGUUAGUGCAAGUGUCACGAGCGCCCCGUGGAAAAAAGAAAUCUGUUACUGUAGUAUCUGGUUUAAAUACUUUUGAUAUUGAUUUAAAAGUGGCUGCUAAGUUUUUUGGCACAAAAUUUGCUUGUGGCUCAUCAGUAACUGGGGAUGAUGAAAUAGUGAUCCAAGGUGAUGUGAAGGAUGACCUUUUUGAUAUUAUACCAGAGAAGUGGCCUGAGAUCGAUGAGGACAGCAUUGAAGAUCUUGGUGACCAGAAAAGAUAGUCACAAUUAUAGAAACUACUAUAAUAUUGUAACAUAUCUUGCUUUAUUUCUGUAUUAUUCUUUUAAUAUUAUUUAAUAGUAAUAGUCCCAGUGGUGCCGCUAGAACAUGUGCGGACCUCACCAAAAUUAGGGUUCGCAAGGCCACUUUUUUCCUUUUAAAAAAAAAUUUAAAUUACAUAAGGCGAAUUAUAGAUAAAGUAAUGUAUGAGUAAACAAGUUUUAUUGCUAAUCAAACAAUGACAAAAAUUACACAAUCAGAAAUUUAAAUAGACAAACUUAUGGCUUUUGGUCUAGCGGAACUUUUUCAGGAUUAUGUCAUAGCUAACACUAACCGCUAUUUCAGCUUCAAUUUAUGAAACUGAUAACGGGGAUAGUCUCUCUCAAGACUGAUAAUGCAGAUAGUCUUACAUCGUGCUUCUCAAGUAGGUCUUAAUCAACUUUAACUUUGAGAGGCUUCUCUCAGCAGAAGCUGUACUGACGGGAACUGUGAAAAUGAUUUUUUUUAUAUAAAUAUUUGGAUAUAUUUAAAGUACUAAUCACUCUCUUUACUCGUGCAACUGUUCGAAAAUAAAUAACUAAAUUUUAAAUAAUUAAAACCUCAAGCGCGAGGCCGUCGGCGGUCGCCCACGUUGCCGACGCCUAACGCCGCGCCGCCAGUGAAUAGUCCAUCAACUUCAUGCCCACUACUCCCCUCAGUUAGUGAACGAUAUUGUACUACAAAUUCUGUUAAUGCGGAUGGCGCUAUUGUAGCAGUGAAAACAUAAAUCUCUAAAAUGCCUCUAAUCACCGAAGAUUCUCCGCAGACUUAAGUUGACGGGCUAUAUGUAUAUUGAUACUUUACGUGCGAUUCCUUAUUAUGUAAUCUACCAGUGUAAUAAAAUAGAAAUAAAGCAUAAUAUUAUUCUUGUUUAUUU